CCUUUCCCACUUUUUUCAUUGUUUUUUUGACUGUUGUUAAAGUUGGCUGCAUAAAAAAUGUCAAUGAUAUUCAAAUGGAAAACACAGGGUGUUGAUGGACCUUGUAGAUUUGAUUGAAUAUCAUUUUUCUAGACACAACCACUACUAUUGCAUUGUAGCUAGAUCCUUCUCUUCAAAUACUAAUAUAGAAAAUAGUAAAGAAUGAAGUGCGUGUCUUCCAAUUAGAAGUCUAGUCUUGUACACUUACACCUUGUGCUUGGAUGAGGAAUUUCAAAAUUCCCUGGAAUUUGAAAUGCCAGAGAUUAAUAUUAUUUAAUUUACUUUUAUUAAAUCUUUGGCAAAAAAAUACUGAAGUUUUCCAAGAGUAGGAAUAUUAAGUACAAACUUCUUUUCUUAAAUUGUGACAAAAUGGAGCCUUACUUUUUAUUAUAUUCAUCAAUCAAAAUGAAAAUCAUCUAUUGCUUUUACGAACUACUACCAAACAUGCCCUCAUAGUUGAUUCCAACCCAAAUCCACACUUUAUAAAAGACAUGCCAUCAUUGGCAAGGGUGUUGAUAUAAUUGUAUAUUAAUAACAAACUGAAAUUUUCAUAACACAUCACAUACCAUUCAAUAAUAUAAAUAGGAGUUGUAUUGUCAAUAUAAGCAUGUCAUGCAUGAAGUACAACUUAAAACAAAAUGAACAUUAGUUCAACAUGGCAAACUUUGCAAAGUUUUGAAAGAUAGAUUUAGUCAUAGACUUGAGCACUCAAGUGGUAGGUAUAUAUUGGAGCAUCCUUGAAAAUACUGCAUACGACAAAUCUUCUGGAUUAAUUUGCACAAUUACACACAACAAAAUAAGUGAGAGAAACAACAAAUCAUUUUUUCCUCCCACAAUCUUCUGGAAGCAAAUUUAUUUAAAAUUCAGAUCCAAAUAACACUACAAUGAAAACAAAGCACAAAUCGCAAAUUAAUGAAAUAAAAAAGAAACCCUAGAUAAUGGAGAUGAGAAACUAACCUUGUAUGAAGAGAGUGUGCGAUCUUAAUCAAGAGAGAACGAAGGUCAUAGCCACUAUGAGAGUGUGUGAUCUGAACAAGGUCAUAGCCACCAAGGGUUUGUGAUCUGAACGAAGGUUGUCACGACUGUGAGAGAGUGAGAACAAGGGUCUCGAAGUCGCAAGGGAGAGUGUAUGGGUGGGGAGGAAUGAGUGAGAGCGAGUGAGGUGUAGGUCGAGAGUGACGAGCGAGACUGAGCGUAGAGAGGAGAAAGGGAGGAUCAAGUUGCAAAGAAAUUAAGUACUCUAAUUUUUGCGAGAAUUUCAAUUUAUGUGUUUUCUGUUGAUUAAAAUUCCUUGUUAAAAUGAAAAAUUCAAUUUCUCUUUAAAUUAUUUUUCUAAAAGUGUAAUUUCAACUUGAAGUAUUUCAGUUACAUGGUUAAAAUGAAUUACCUGGUUAAAAGUCACCAUCCAAACACAUGGUUAGGAUAUUUGAUUUAGGAUAAUUACUAUUGGAGUAUUGUAAGAGAGCUGCAGUUAUUGAACCAUAGUCUCUGGUAGUUAAGCCUGGUUAAGUCUUAGUGAGUUAGUUCACUAAAAUAUUUAGUUAGUUCGUGACAACUAAUUACAACUGUCAUAACUAACAACUUGGUCUAUAUAAAUAGAUCUGUACUCUUGAGUUAGUUGGGUUAAUUAAACUAAAGUUUCUUUCCUCUUUCUUUUUUUGUUAUCAAAAUAUCUUCUCUCAAGGUUCUAUUACUAGAGGCUAGUGCGAACGCCUAUGGCUUCUUUGAACAAUUCGUUCAGCUCCUCUUCCACAUUUCCAAACUCCAUUGCUGAGAAGCUUGAUCAUUCCAAUUUUUUGAUGUGGUGGCAACAGGUGCAACCAGUGUUCAAAUCUCAUCAUCUUCAAAGGUUUGUAGAAAAUCCAAUAAUUCCUCCGAGGUUCCUUUCUGAUGAAGAUUGUGCAAUCGGAUGUGAAAAUGCUGCGUAUGAAGACUGGGAGCAGCAAGAUCAGGGGGCUGCUCACAUGGUUGCAGUCACACUUUCAAAGUCGAUCCUUUCUCGAGUGCUUGGAAGCAUUCACUCUCAUCGAGUCUGAGAGAAAAUCCACAACUAUUUUCACAAACAAACACGAGCAAGAGCUCGUCAACUGCAGACUGAACUACAAUCACCAGUGCUUGCGGACAAGCCUAUGCGUGAAUUUCUUCUCAAAAUGAAGGCUAUUUCUGAUUCUCUAGCCUCUGUUGGAGGUCUGAUCUUGCCUCAGGAGCACAUUGAUGCGAUCCUCAAAGGUCUUCCUCAAGAUUAUCAUUCUGUUAUUUUUGUUAUCGAAAGCAAGUUUGAACCUUUUCUGAUUGAAGAGGUUGAUGCGAUGCUUUUAGCUCAUGAAACUCGUCUUCAAAAGUUUCACUAGCAUGCUUUCUCUGACUCACUGUCAAUCAACUACAAGCAAGCUAAUUCUAAUUUUUCGUCUGCAUAUGGAUCUAAUGGCUACAAUGUGCCAAACAAAACAUCACAACCUAAUUCUGAGAAUUUUUCGUUUAGCUCUCGUGGUGGUUUUGGUUGCAGAGGUAAUUUCAAUCAUGGCGGUCAUUGUGGUGGUGGUCGUGGCUGCGGCGGAAGGUUUGCUAACUUUCAAUGUAAAGUUUGUUUGAAGUACGGUACAAAGCUUCUCAUUGUCACUAUCACGAUGACCAAUACUAUCAGCGAAGCUCCUCCCUCACUCUGCAUGAUCCCUUGAACCCUAAUCUCGAUUCUCAGAAUUAUUCAUCUCAGCAGUCUAAUUCCAAUUCCACUGGACAGACCUAUGGUAACACUCAUCCAUCUAAUGUUUGGACACAAAAUGAUUCACGACCAGCUAAUACCAAUUCUACUAGUGCUAUGAUAGCCAAUACCAACUCUUCCCAGCCAACCACAUCCGAUUGGAUUCCUGACUCAGGUGCCUCCUUCCAUGUCACUAGUGAAGCACAGAAUAUUCAGCAGCUAGAAUCAUUUGAAGGACCUAACCAGAUUUUCAAUUGUUUCCAGUGAAACUCUUCAAGGGUUUGUUGGUCCUGAUGGGUUUUAUUCCUUUCCCAGUCUCAAGCUACAGCAUCCUUCAGCUACUUUAGCUUCAUGUUAUGUUUCCAAUUCUGUAAUUUUUGAUUCUGCACAGUCCAAUGUAAAUGAAGGAACCAAGACUAGCUGUUUCGGGGCAGUUGGAAAAUCUGAUCAGUGGAGAAAGGAGGCUGCUGAGUAUCUGAACUGCAGAAUGAGAAACAGUUUGUCUUUCAAAAGAAAAGGGGGGCCUAGGCAUAAAAGAUAUUAGGACAUUCAACAAAGCACUACUUGGGAAAUGGAGGUGGGACAUGCUUUAGCAAAAUAAAGAAUUAUGGGCCAGAAUACUGGACUCCAAAUAUGGUGGGUGGAGAUCACUGGUUGAAGGAAAAAGAGGCAACAACGAAUAAAUGUGGUGGCAGGACCUAAUGGCGGCGACCCAUGAACAACAGCUGAAUAAUGUCCUUCAAAAUGGAACAACAUGGAGGGUGGGGUGUGGUGAUAAAAUCAGAUUUUGGGAGGACCGCUGGACUGGUGGUGGUGAAGCAUUAAUGAUGAAAUACCCCAGGUUAUAUCAAAUCUCCUGUCAGCAACAAAAACUCAUCAAGCAAGUGGGGAGUUAUACAGAAACAGCUUGGGAAUGAAACCUUACAUGGAGAAGACCCUUAUUUGAUAAUGAAGUUGAUUCGGCUGAUGGAUUUCUGGGGGAGAUAUCACAGAUCGCAAUUCAACAACAUAUACCAGACUGCUGGAUGUGGAAACCUGAACCCAAUGGUCAUUACUCUACAAGGAGUGCGUACAAUCUGCUGCAGGGAGAAUCAGCGGAGGAGAAUCUGGAUGGAGCAUUCGAGGACCUAUGGAAGCUAAAGAUCCCAGCUAAAGCAUCAAUCUUUGCUUGGAGGCUAAUUAGAGAUCGAUUGCCAACUAGUCCAACUUGCGAAGGAGACAAGUAGAGAUAAAUGAUUUAAUGUGUCCUUUUUGCAGAAAUAAGGAGGAGGAUGCAUCCCACUUAUUAUUCGACUGCAUCAAAACACAACCUUUAUGGUGGGAAUCCCUAUCUUGGACAAAAACCUUGGGGGCAUUUCCUAUAAAUCCAAGGCAUCAUUUUACGCAGCACGGAAAUGGGUUGCAUGGAGGGAAAAAAUACAACAGAUGGAAGUGCUGGUGGGUAGCUCUAACUUGGACCAUUUGGCAGCAAACGAAUAGGGUCGUUUUUUCGAAUGAAUCAUUCAAUGGAAGCAAGCUGUUGGACGAUGCAGUGUUCCUAGUCUGGACAUGGCUCAGAGCAAUGGAGAAAGAUUUUGUAAUGCAAUUUAACCACUGGUCUAGUAACCUAACAGUAGGUUUUUGUAACUAGGAGAGGACACCAGUUGAUGGGUAUUGUAGCAGUAUAUAAGGUGACUUGCUUGGAUCCUAUCAAACUGAAAUAAGCCUGACCAUUGGAACCAGCAGCCUACCUAAACUCAUGUUGUAAUUUUAGUACCACUGGUACUUAUAUAUAUAUAUAUAUAUAUAUCUACUUUUGUUGAUAAAAAAAAUAAAAUGUAACGAAGCAUGUUCUUCAACAUUGUAAUAUACUCAUUCCUAAUAAAAAUGCUGUUGAAUUUUGUUCCUCAUGUUGUGUUGGAAAAUCACAAAGACUUCCUUCUUCAUUGUCCAGCACUGUUUAUAAUGCUCCUUUGGAAUUGGUGUUUAGUGACCUUUGGGGUCCAUCUCACAUUACUUCAACUAAUGGUUUUCUGUACUGUGUCACCUUUAUUGAUGCUUUUUCUAGAUUCACUUGGAUUUAUCUUCUUAAAAACAAGUCUGAUACAUUCACUGUUUUUAAACAAUUCAAAGCUAUGGCUGAACUUCAAUUUAAUACCAAGAUCAAAAGUUUGCAAACUGAUUGGGGAGGGGAAUUUAGACCCUUAGCUUCUUAUUUAGUCAACCUUGGUAUUAACCAUAAACUUAUUUGUCCUCACACUCAUCACCAAAAUGGUGUGGUGGAGAGGAAGCACAUACACAUUGUUGAGCUAGGACUUACUUUGCUGAACCAUGCCUCUCUACCUCUAAAUUCUAGGACUUUGCUUAUACUACUACAGCAUCUCUUGGUUUUGCUGUUCCUUAUACUACUCUCUUAAAAAAUCCACCUGAUUAUCAGUUUUUAAAAACGUUUGGCUGUGCCUGUUUUCCCUUUCUUAGACCCUAUAAUAAACAUAAGCUUGAUUUUAGGUCUCAUGAGUGUCUCUUUUUGGGAUACUCAACCUCUCACAAAGGCUACAAAUAUCUCUCUCCUUCUGGCAAGUUGUUCAUUUCCAAAGAUGUCAUUUUUAAUGAGUCUAGAUUUCCUUACACCGAGUUGUUUGAAUCCUCAACCAUUUCUCCAUCUACUUCACUGGUUUCACUUAAUCCCAUACCUAUUGUUGUUCCUUCACAGGUUUCUUCUCCUAUUAAUCCCAUCAAUCCUGUUGCUUCUGUUGAAGCAAGUCCCAUCACUUCUGUUGAACCAAAUUCAGUUGCUUCUGUUGAUGAUCAAUCAUCAUCUUCUGUUGAGUCUCAGCAUCCUCCCUCACUACCUUUGUCCUGUUCUGUUUCAACUAAUCUUCUUCUACAACUGUUCCAUCUACUGUUCACUCUGCACCUACUGCAGAAACCAGUCCCCAAACUUCUGAAACUACUUCACCUCCAAGAACAGUGAAUGUUCAUCCUAUGCAGACCAGGUCAAAGUCUGGUAUCUAUCAACCUAGACUUCAUCCUAUUGCCCUAGUUCCUAAAGUGCCAGACCCUCAAAAUCUUAAUGAUUUCAGACCUAUUUCAUUAAUAGGCUGUGUCUACAAGAUCAUGGCCAAACUUUUAGCUAAUAGACUGAAGAGAAUCAUGCCGGAAAUCAUUGAUGAAAGACAAUCUGCUUUUGUAGUUGGAAGGCAGCUAUUGCAUAGCACAAUUAUUGCCAAUGAAGUGGUGGAGGAAGCAAAGAGAGGCAAGAAAGCAUGUCUGGUGUUUAAAGCAGAUUUUGAAAGGGCUUAUGACUCAGUUUCUUGGGAUUUUCUAAUAUACAUGAUGCGUAGGAUGGGCUUCUGCAAUAAAUGGAUCUAGUGGAUCCAGGGCUGUAUCAAAUCUGCCUCGAUAUCCAUAUUGGUAAAUGGUAGCCCUACUCCCCAAUUUACUCCACAAAGAGGUCUUAGAUAAGGUGACCCACUAGCACCUUUGCUGUUUAACAUUGUAGCGGAAGCCCUAACUGGACUCAUGAGAGAAGCAAUCCACAAGAAACUAUACACUGCAUUUGUUGUGGGGAAAGACAACAUUCCAGUCAGCAUUUUGCAAUAUGCUGACGACACUAUAUUUUUUGGGGAGGCUACAUUGCAAAAUAUCAAGGCAAUCAAAGCGAUCCUGCGGAGUUUUGAACUUGCAUCUGGCCUUAAAAUAAACUUUGCAAAGAGCUGUUUUAUGGCAUUUGGAAAAUCAGAUCAGUGGACUAAAGAGGUAGUCGAAUACUUGAAUUGUAGUAUUAUGACCUUGCCUUUCAUUUAUUUGGGUAUCCCUAUUGGGGCAAACCCAAGGCAUAGCGAGCUGUGGGAUCCAAUUGUUAGAAAGUGUGAGAGAAAGUUAUCAACAUGGAAACAAAGAUAUCUAUCUUUCGGGGGGAGAGUGACCCUUAUACAGUCCACCCUAUCAUUUAUUCCAAUUUAUUUUCUUUCUUUUUUCAGGUUACCUAGCAAAACAACGGCGAAAUUGAUUAGACUUCAGCGAAGGUUCCUAUGGGGAGGAGGUUUGGAUCAAAGGAAGAUAGCAUGGAUGAAAUGAGAAUCAGUUUGCUUACCAAAAGAAAAGGGAGGACUGGGUAUAAAAGAUGUUAGGACUUUCAACAAAGCAUUACUUGGAAAAUGGAGGUGGGAUAUGCUUCACCAAAACAAAGAGUUAUGGGCCAGAAUAUUGGAGUCCAAAUAUGGCGGGUGGAGAUCAUUGCUUGAAGGAAAAAGAGGCACUAAUGAAUCAUUAUGGUGGCAGGACCUAAUGGCGGUAUUUCAGGACCACCAGCUGAAUAGUGUUCUGCAAACUGGAUCAACAUGGAAUGCGGGGAGUGGUAAUAAAAUCAAAUUUUGGGAGAACUGCUGGUCUAGUGAUGGAGUAGCAUUAAUGCUGAAAUAUCCUAGGUUGUAUCAGAUCUCUCGCCAGCAGCACAAACUCAUUCAGCACAUGGGUAGCUUUUCUGAAACAAUAUGGGAAUGGAACUUUUCAUGGAGAAGGCCUUUAUUUGAUAACGAAGUCGACUCUGCUGUCGAAUUUAUGAGGGAGAUCUCACAGGUUGUAAUCCAACAACAAGUUCCUGACUUUUGGGUGUGGAAGCAUGAGCCUAAUGGUCAUUACUCUACAAGGAGUGCAUAUAAAUUGCUGCAGGGAGAUAUAGAGGAUGAAAAUUAGGACGGGGCACUUCAGGAUCUAUGGAAGCUAAAGAUCCCAGCUAAGGUUUCAUUCUUUGCUUGGAGGCUAAUUAGAGAUCGUUUGCCGACUAAAUCUAACUUGCGAAGAAGACAAGUAGAGCUGGAAGACAGCAUGUGCCCUUUCUGCAGAAAUAAGGAGGAGGAUGCAUCCCACAUAUUUUUUGACUGCAGCACAACACAACCUUUGUGGUGGGAAUCCCAAUCAUGGGUUCAAACCUUGGGGGUGCACCCUAUAAUUCCAAGACAACACUUUAUGCAGCAUGUCAAUGGGAGGCCUGGAUCAAAGAGGUACAAUAGAUGGAAGAGCUGGUGGAUAGCCCUGACUUGGUCCAUUUGGCAGCAAAGGAAUAAGGUCAUCUUCCUAAAUGAACCAUUCAAUGGAGCCAAGCUGCCGGAGGAUGCAGUGUUUCUGCUUUGGACAUGGCACAGAGCUAUGGAGAAAGAUUUUUCUAUACACUUUAAACAGUGGUCUAGCAACCUAAUAGACGGUUUCUGUAAUUAGGAUGACAAACCAGCUGAGGGUUAUGUACAUGUAUCUGCUGUUGAUUACUCUGGAUCCUAUCAGCCUGUAGCCAGCCUGAUCAUUGAAUCCAGUAGUAUAUCUAGAACUAUAUUGUAUCUUUAGUAUCUCUGGUACUUCUAUUUAUAUAUAACUACUUUUGCUGACCAAAAAAAAAAACCUAGACUUCAUCCUUCUCUACUUCUCACUCAUUGUGAACCAAAAGGUGUGAAACAGGCUUUAGCUGAUCCUAAGUGGAAGGAAGCCAUGCAACAAGAAUAUUCAGCCUUACUUCAAAACCAGACCUGGGAUCUGGUUCCUCUUCCAUCAAAUAGAAAAACAAUUGGGUGCAAGUGGGUUUUCAGAGUUAAAGAGAAUGCUGAAGGGUCUCUUAAUAAAUAUAAAUCUCGUUUAGUGGCUAAAGGGUUUUAUCAAGUUCAAGGUUUUGAUUUUAAUGAGACAUUUUCUCCUGUCAUCAGAACAGUAACUGUUAGACUCAUUAUUAUUCUUGCUUUGACUCAUCAUUGGGAUUUGUUUCAAUUAGAUGUUGAUGAUUUCUUGAAUGGACUGCUUGAGGAGUAAGUUUACAUGACUCAGCCUCCAAGAUUUGAGUGUUCUGAUUCAUCCUUGGUCUGUAAGCUAUAUAAAACUCUGUAUGGUCUUAAAUAGGCCCCUAGACAGUGGUUUGAAAGACAGCGAUCUACUCUCAGGGAUUUUGGUUUUAUAGCAAGCAAGUGUGAUCCAUCCUUAUUUAUCUACAAAGCUCAAUCUCAAACAGUUUAUCUUUUGGUUUAUGUGGAUGACAAUAUUAUAACUGGGAGUUCACCUCAACUAAUUCAACAUCUCACUGCCAAACUUAACUCCACUUUCUCUUUAAAACAACUAGGAAAGCUUGACUAUUUUUUGGGUAUUGAGGUCAAGACUCUUUCUGAUAACUCCUUACUAACUCAAAGUAAGUAUAUCAUAGAUCUCUUACAGAAAAAUCACAUGGAAGAGGCACAAUCCAUAUUUUCUCCUAUUGUUACUAACUCAGUUGGAAGGAUAUCUACACAUCUAGGGAGAAAGGAGGAUUGGGGAUUCAAGAUUUGAGGAAGUUUAAUAUUGCGCUGUUAGGGAAAUGGCGUUGGAACUUAUUUCAUAACCAGGGGGAGUUAUGGACAAAGUUCUUGGAAUCAAAGUACGGAGGAUGGAGGAAUAUGGCUGAAGAAGAAGGAAUCAAAAGGAAUUGAUUUGGUGGAAGGAUUUAUGUACUGUGUGGGGUAAUAGAGGAAGGUACGUUGUUUAACAAUUUUGUGUGGUGGAAAUUGGGGAGCGGUAAAAAGAUAAAGUUUUGGGAAGAUGUUUGGGUUGGAGGAGGUGAGUCGAUGUUGGGGAAAUACCUGAGACUCUACAUCAUUUUAGAAAAACAACAUCAUGAGGUACAUCAAAUGGAGUUGGCUACAGAAGGAGUUUGGGAAUGGAGUUUCAAAUGGAGAAGGAACCUGUUGGAAAGUGAACUAGAAAUGGCAUCAGACUUCAUGCAAGAAAUAGAAGUGAUACAGAUACAACCUCAAUAUUCUGAUAAGUGGGUGUGGAUGGUGGAUCCAAGUGGGGAAUAUACAGCCAAAAGUGCAUAUGGUUUGCUAAGUCAGGAGGGUCAGGUGGAGGACAGCAACGAUAAGGCGGUUUUUGUAGAUUUAUGGAAGAUGAAAGUGCCCAGCAAAGUUCAACAUUUUGUAUGGAGACUAGUUUGGAACAACCAGGAAGAAUGAAUGUAGAUUUAGAGGAUGAUAGAUGUCCGCUGUGCUUAACACAACAGGAGGAUGCGCCACACAUUUUCUUUCUCUGCCCAAAGGUGUUGCCUGUGUGGUGGGGAUGUCUAUCUUGGGCACAAAUCAAAUUUCUUUUCCCAGCAAAUCCAACACAUCAUUUCUGACCACAUCCAUACUGUCAUCUACCUUGGCUAAUUCAGAAUAGUUGGCGUACCCUGUGGGCUUCUCUCACCUGGUGUAUAUGGUAUCAAAGGAACAAAUUGGUCUUUUCAGGUGAAGCAUUUGAUGGAUAGAACAUUUUGGAACAAGCUCUUUCUUUUUUUUGCUGGCUGUGGCUAAAAAAUUUCGAAAGAAACUUCAAUAUACCUUUCCAUUAUUGGUCCAACAACAUUAAGGCUGGUUUUUUGUAUAGGGGGAGGGUGAUGCUAACUAAUUUUUGUUGUUGUUGGGUUCUCAGCUGUAUUAUUUAGUUACUGGACUCUGGCACUCUAAUAUGUACUUCAGUUGGUCUAUAUUUGGACACCAUAGUUUGAUGUAUUGACUAGUAUGGCAGAGCUGUACAUAUAUCAGUACAACUUGUACUGUUUUAUAUAUUAUAAUACUUAUUUUUGCCGAUAAAAAAAAAACCUCAACCACCUUGAGUUUGCUGGGGGUAUUGGAGUAUUGUAACGACUGCAGUUAUUCAACUGCAGUCUCGGGUAGUUAAGCCUAGUUAAGUCUUAGUGACUUAGUUCACUAAGAUAGUUAGUUAGUUAGUGAAAACUAAUUACAGCUGUCAUAACUAACAGCUUUGUCUACAUAAACAGAUCUGUACUCUUGAGUUAGUUGGGUUAAUGAAACUAAAGUUUCUUUCUUCUUUCUUUUUCUGUUAUCAAAAUAUCUUCUCUCAAGAUUCUAUUAAUUAAUGAGCUAAAAUAUGCACCCCUACCAUAAGUUUAUUAAUGACUACUCAAAGCAAGCUUAUGCCUAUGUAGACACCUCUGCCCCCUGUCCAUUCCUUGGUGAGGUUCUCAUAGUAUAACAAUAACAAAGUCUGCACAAAUUGGUGAUUGUAAAAAUCACAGUACGACUUGGGGACUUAUAGGCUUUGAUCGAGAGACAUGAGAGAGAAAGAGAGAGGAAGAGCGACACAGAGAGAGAGCGAUAGAACCAGAGCUAGAGAGAGACAGAGAGAGAGCCAUAGUGAGAGAGAGAAUCAGAGAGAGAGAGAAAUACAGAGAGAGGAAGUGAGAGAGAGAGAAAGACCGAAAGCGAAAAGGAAGGAUCGACGAUCCUCUAGCGUACGUGUUCAGCAAGGAGCGGAAGCCAACAAAGUCAUCCAUCGUAGUCGGAGUGACCAACGAAGAUGUGGAGUUGCGGAGGUUGCCAAUACCGACCUUAUAGAGGACGACGGUCCACGAAGUAGUCACGCCAACCAGCACGAGGGACAAUGGAUUCAGGUGACGGGCAGAAGAAAGGCAUCUUUGAAGAGCGUCUCAACUUCUCGAAGGGGUAAUGGAGUACCGAAAGACUCUUACCAGUGCACUGACAUAGGAAGGCUCCAUAGAGUAACGUGGAGGGAUAGGAUGGACAUAACCUCCUUCUAUUUCUCUCACUUCCCCGACGGCGUCCAUGAAAAGGACCUCUGGAAGAAAUUCCAGGAAUGGGGAAGGGUGAGGGAGGUAUUCAUACCGCAGAAGAACAAAACUGGCCAUAGAUAUGGCUUCGUGCGUUUCAAAGGGGUAGAAGAUGUAGCUUUAUUAGAGAGAAAGCUCGAUAACAAUAUCUAUAUACAGGGGAUGAAGUUGUUUGUCAACCAGCCUAAAUUUCACAGGGGAGGUGGCAGGGCAGCUAAGCCAUCUACGGACCUUCUUAACAGACCAAAAAUCAGCCUCAGGGUGCCAGCUGGAUCAGAACAGAAGUCACACCAAGUCCCAACGUCUACAAGACUGAAAUCAUUUGUGGAGGUCGUGAAACAGAGUAACGAUGUAACGAAUGGCAGCCUUCACUCAAUUCCCGGGAAGGGGUUAAGAGUAGACAACGACGAACCCAUAAGCAUUCAGACGUCGCCGGAGAAACUCAAAUGGCUUGACAAUGUGUGGGUCGGGGGUUUAAAGAAUAAGGGUAUGUUUGAUAGGGUAGACAUGGAGGUUCAGGGGGCGUUUGGAUUGGAGUUGAAAACUGCGUAUUGGGGAGACGACAAGAUUAUAAUCUACGACAUGGAUGGUGAUACAGCUAAUCAGCUCAUCCAUGACGAACAACAACACGGAGGGACCCCUUUUUAUUCUCUUCAGAGGUGGACGCCGGCGAUGGAGCCUUCCCAUCGUCUGACGUGGGUAUGCAUUUGGGGAGUGCCAUUAACGGCAUGGGACGCGGAGAAUUUUACACGCUUUGUAUCGGCUUAUGGUGACUUGGUUGAACUCGACGCCAUGACGGAGGAAAGGUCACGGGUGGACAUAGCGAGGGUCCUAAUCCGCACAGAGCACAAACCGGUCAUAGACGGCAUCGUAGCGAUCGUCGUAGAUGGAACCCACUUCCUCUUGAAGCUAAGAGAGGAGUUUGGGUGUCAAAGGGGGAAUCGUUCGUGGAUGGAGAGGUUGGAACGGCUACCGCCCUCACCAUUCUCUACGGAAGUGGCGGGGCCAGACGACAAAGGUCACAUGCACGGAGUGUGAAACUUCACCACCGGUAGCCCUCUCAGUCUCCCGAGCACCUGGACAUCGCCGUGCACGGAAGAGCGCCGGGGGAGAUGGCGGUCACCGGAAUCGCCCCUACGGGGCGAUUGGAAUGUCAAUCUCAAGGGUGCACACGUGUCACAUCAAGCCUGUCAAGGGUCGCUACCAGCCCUUGAGGGACUGACACCUGGAAUCGGGGGCCAGCACGGAGGUAACGGCUCUCAGCCUAUGGCCUUGCAUGAAAAUGGUAGGACAGAACCUACCUCUCCUCGCCCUAGUCAGCAGCAGCAACUACUUAGGGAAGAAGACGUUGGAGAUAAAGCCAAAGGUGCUUCAGACCACGUGUGGGCAAAAGGAGGUGAUCCCCUGGAUAAUAACCUCGAGGCUUUACUUGGAGUCAAACUUGGGUCAAAUGAAGGGGACUCUGCAAUGUGCAUGGGAAUUAAAUCUUCUCAUAUUUUGGGCCUGGGAGGUACUGGCCCAAAUACUACCAGAAGCAAAACAACCUCACCUCUCAAGGUCUAUGUUAGAAAAAAGGCAGUUACUCCAGCAAUUCACAUGGGCCGUGCAAUUAAUAGCCCUGAUCAACACGGGAUUCAGGCUGAUUCUCGGAAGCUGGACAUAGAUGAAAAUGGGAGGCACACUCAAUCUCCAGCAGCACAGGGAACGAGUCUUGAGAAGCCUCGCUUGGCUCAUAGCCCUAUAUCCAGUAAUAGCUUCAAAAAAGGCCUCUGUGAAAAUGAGGAGGCACUUCAUAGGGACAUUAUUAGAGACCUGGGACUCUCCUUUGCUGAGAUAAACACCUGCAAAGACCACAUUGUGGCUAAUGGAACUCACAGUAGCAUCAUCUCUACACCAACAGGAGUGAUGGGUAAAAAACCUAUUGA